CUGCUGACACGGUAAGAGGGCACAGAGCUAGGGGAAGGGCCGAGCGAGCGAGCCAGAGAGCGUGUGUGCGAGGGAGAUUGACUCAUACAGACAGGCGUAGAACGACUUUUUCGUCUUCCAGAGAGCUGGAGAAGGGCGGCUCCCUAAGUCGACCGUCAGCACAAUCAGCAGCGACGAUGGUCAAUUCCAAGAGCAAGUUUGUGUCCAUGAGCCCUGAGGCGGUUCGGGGGGCCAUCUUGCUGACCCUGGUGGUGCAGAACUCCGCCCAGGCGAUCUUCAUGCGCUACUCGUUCAAGCCCAAGAGCCAGGUAGAGGGAGAGGACAAAGAAGCCGAGCCGGCGUCCUCGACGGCCGUGAUGAUGGCCGAGCUGUGCAAGCUCGCCUGCUCCAUACUCCUGCAGUACCGGGAUGACGGCAGCGUUCGGCACGUGGUCAAAACUCUCCGAGAGGACGUGUGGGAGAGGCCGGUGGAACUGGUCAAGAUGGCCGUUCCGGCGUGCCUCUACGUGGUCCAGAAUAAUCUCAACUACGUGGCCAUCAGCAACCUCGACGGGCCGACCUUCCAGCUCCUCUACCAGCUCAAGAUCCUCACCACGGCCUUGUUUUCCGUGCUCAUGCUCAAGAGGGUGCUCCACAUGAAGCAAUGGGGCGCGCUGGCGAUGCUGGCCGUCGGGGUAGGUCUUGUGCAGGUGUCGUCGAGCUCGAGCCAGAGCUCGGGGGAUUCCGAGGACGACGGUGUUGGCAUUGACGACGCCGAGGGGGAUGAAGAUGGAAGCGGGCAAAACCCUCUCUUGGGCCUGGUGAUGGUCCUCCUGGCUUGCUGCACGUCGGGCUUCGCCGGGGUGUACUUCGAGAAGGUGCUGAAGGGUACUUCGGUAUCGCUGUGGGUGCGCAACAUGCAGCUGUCUGGCUUCGGUAUCCUGUUGGGCGCGGGGUGCGUCUGGUUCAAGGACGGCCAGGCUGUGUCAGAGAACGGCUUCUUCUACGGGUACAACUACGCUGUGUGGAUGGCGAUUUUGCUGAACUCCAUGGGGGGGCUGGUGGUGGCGAUGGUCGUCAAAUACGCGGACAACGUCAUCAAGGGGUUCGCCACUUCGGUCUCUAUCGUGCUCACCGCUCUGAUUUCGUUCGUCUUGUUCGAUUUCCGGAUCUCCGUCAUGUUCGUGAUCGGCGCGUACUUCGUGCUCCACUCCACCUUCUUGUACUCCCAGAAGCCCCCCAAUGCCUCGAACUCCUCUUCAAACUCGUCCUCCUCCUCGGCGGACGGGGGGGCCGCGGCUAAGGGUGCCAACGGCUCGGGGGAGGGUGACGUGGAGAUCGCCGAGAAGGAGGUGCUCCUGAGGGGGGGUGGCGGGCAGGGUCACGUGUCGUCGUCAUCAUUGUCGUCGAUCGAAUCGCCCAGAAACGGGAGGCCGAGCGGGCCUCUCGCGCGAAAGAGCAACAGCAAGCUCGCAGAGCCGGUGUAACGGGAGGGGGGGGAUUCUGCUGGUGGUGCUUCUUUUUACUUCGCUGUUUGGUAGUCUCGUAGAUCCGAGCUUGGUGCCGUUGUGGCAACAUGACUCGAUGGAACGGAUGGGACGAGAGAAUCACCAGCAGCGGCGGCGGCGGCAGCAGCAGUGUCCUUGCAGCGUCAGACACAACGCAAUGUCACACGUCCUUCCCCUAGCGUGUGGGGGAUAUGUAGGAGCUACGGCAUAGACUGCUCUGGCCACAGACACAACAGAGCGGUCUGGCAGCAGGUGCACCAACUUCUUCGUGUGGUAUUGGCGGAGUGUUACGUCAGCCGACGUGAAAGUGCGGUGCAAGGAGCUUGGUACUAGAAGGAGCCGGAAUAGGCGUCGCCAGCGGUGUAGCGAUGCGGGCGCAGCUCUCGGGGGAGCCCGCAGAGCGGAGCGCACGCGGUUGGCCUUCCUGGCGUCUGCAGUGGAGGUUAUGCCGGCGAGCGUCAUGGGGGAGCCGAGGGAGGAGAAGUAGCGGAACAAGCACGGCGUGCUCCAACCGCUGAUGCGAGCUCACUCGCAUUGUUUCAUGAAGCGGCGGAAGGGGGUGUACCGUGGAGGCAUGCAAGCUGUGGCUCGCGGGGAGGAGGAGGAGGAGGCGUCGGGGCGACGCAGAAUGUCCUCAUUGUCGCUGGGAACGUCGGGUGAGGUUCUUCUGGCGGAAGGGCGGAUUACACCGAACGUGCUGUCUGAUCAUAAGCGGCGCUUCACUCCGGUGGGAUGAUGUCUGUGCCGUAUCUGUGAGGGUGACCACCCGUUGUGUCGCUGGUUUGCCGGUUCCGCACUGUGUUUAGGUUGCAAAUGGUCUGUUGGCACAGACGAGGUUGUUCAGUGCACGUAGCUACCUGUCGGCCGUGUGCCAUACUCUAUAUAUUUUUUUCAGUACGGGGCUGUACUGUCCACCCCUAUUCUUGUCGCAAAUCGGCCUGUAGGCCAGGCGACCGAUUGGUUGAUGCAGAAGAGGACUGACACACGGGAGGUUGAGUCAGACUCUCGAUGUGUGCGGGUACGUUUUUUUCUGUGCUGUGCAUGUAAACAUAUUAUUAUUCAUACUUUUCCAUUCAAUCCUGCCUUUUUUGGUCCUUGAAAACGCUGCAGGACGACGCAGGGCAUGGGUUUUGCCUCUUGCUGGUCCCUAGAGAACGUGUUUUGUGUUUCGUCGUUGUAUCGCGAAGUAGUCCGUCCCGUCCCUUGUUUUUUAAGUCUGCGUUCGCUGGACGCGGCCGCCAACCUUGGUUGUGAGGCUUGUGAAACCGCUGGCUACAACAGCGGUGGCUCGGAUACCCGCCGGUUGGAUGAGAAACACCGGUUUUGUUCCUGUACAGCACGCACCCACCGCGGCAGGACAGCUGCCCCCCAGCGUGUGUUCGUCCCGUUGUCAUUGGUCAACCGAUUCGGGCGGCCGAUGCCAACGAAAUGCAGCAAGGUGCUUUUAAGAGCAGUGGGUGAACGCCACGUCAGGGAACUAAAGCGCUUGUUUCAUCGCAGGACGAAAUUUUGCUGUGGGGGGGGCGUGGUGAUGCUUGCUUGUGAGCCCUGAUUUGGAAGAAAAGCGAGCUUGCUGGCGCUCCUCAUCGAUUCGGUUGUUGGAGUUCAGUGCCCUGGUAGAAGCGGGACAAGCAUCGUAAAUAACAUAUUUUCAUGUUUUGGUACCAUUAUUUUUCGUUAGGUUGCGUGAUUUCUCUUGCCGUUUCUUCCGGCCUUCCGCAUGUCUUUGCGAGUGGAUCUACCUUGCCCCGAGGAAAGUGGCGGUGUUGUCGGCCUACACCGGUUUCGCGGGGUGGGUAUUCCAUUCCGAACUUGUGAUUGUCGGAUGAUGACCAAAUUUACCAACUUGUGGUGACAUGGUGGCUUGUGUUGUUGUCAGCGGCAACAGCAGCACGUGUGGAGGUGCAGGGGAACCCGGUGCUCUCUGGUUAUCUAGCAAAGCAGCAGCAGCAGCGCCAGCGGCAUUCGACUGCGGAACCUACCACAGCGGCGGUGUGUUAACCAUUUUUGUAGGUAUUGCUUUCGAGUUGUAUGAAUUGCACUGGCCUGUGUUUCUUUACUUUCGAGGGUUUCGGAGAAAACCUUGGAGGGACGAGGGACUGGAUAACCCGUCUGUGAGAUGAGCGCCAGUUUGUUGAACGGGUCAGUUGUCAAUUGGUUAUGGUGGGAGUUACAGACGUUUUUUUUGUGAUGACCCGGGCGGGUUUGGAAAACCAAGAACUACUACCGGCUCCUCAAUACAGCAGUGGCCUAAAACUAUUUUCGGGCAGGUGUCCUUGCUUUUGUGUGCUUUGUAAUAUGUUGCUCUGUUGGUCUCAAAGAAAGAGCUUCUUGCCGAAUGUCCAGGCUUUCCAAUUCAACAAGCAACCGCCUCAAAAACCUGUUGCUGCAGUAGUGGG